AUGGAUGCGACCGGUUUUCCCACCAGAUUCCAUCGUAAGAAGGCCCUACAACAGUUUCGGAAGGCCAAAUUCGCCGCAAAACAGGCUGCGAAAGUCGCGUCUGUUAACCCCGAACGACCUGGUUUUAUUGAGAAGGAUGAAGAUGAAGUCGUCACACAGGAGAUUAUCCGUCAAAAUGUCGACUUGGGUUCUGCCUCAAAAAUUACUCUAGAAACGGAAGGUAAAUUUUACAUUCUCGUAGAUGGGAUCAUGACUAAUAGAUAUCUUGCUAUUUGUGGGAAGCGUGGUCAUCUUGCAGCUUUCGACUGGAUGACCAAGCGUCUCUUGUUCGAGAUUAACGUGAAUGAGGAGUGUCGCGAUGUUAAAUUCCUUCACCAAGAGACUUUCAUUUCGGUGGCUCAAAAGGGGUACACGUACGUGUACGAUAAUCAGGGUAUCGAGUUGCAUUGUCUCAAGCGUAUGGCAGGCAUUCGGCGACUCGAAUUUCUGCCCUACCACUUCAUCUUGGUCGCGAUGGCUGACAAUGGAUUUAUGUACUAUUUAGACGCUUCAAUUGGCGAGAUUGUGGCCUCUUAUCCCACUUAUAUGGGAUCGCUCAGCGUUGCUUGUCAGAACCCAAGCAAUGCUUCCAUUUUAACAGGUCACCCCAGUGGCACUGUUUCGGUGUGGAUUCCAACUGAAAAGACGCCCGUAGUGAAGAUGCUCUGCCACAAAUCGGGUGUCAAAUCUAUUGCUGUUAACCGCACUGGGCAGUAUCUUGCUACCUGCGGUCUGGAUAGGUACUUGAAGAUAUGGGACCUCAGAAGCACUCACAACUGCUUGGCUGAAAUCACUCUCGCGACACCUGCGGUUGCAAUGGAUUUCAGUCAAACGGGUCUUCUCGCUCUUGGAUCAUCAAUCACUGUCCAGGUUCUAAAGGAUCCAGCUACCAGCACUGAGGUGGCUUUUCAGGCAGCAGCGCAGCAGCACGUGGACGUAGAGGUGGGUCUAGUCCACCGCCGAGUGCUGCGCAGCGCCUACCUAACACAUAAUUGCAGGCGACCGGUGCAUAGCGUGGCUUUCUGUCCCUUUGAGGACGUCCUCGGUGUGGCCACCGCCGGGGGCUUCCAUUCCCUUCUGUGUCCCGGCGCCGGAGAGCCCAACUUUGACGCACUAGAGGAGAACCCUUUCGCCAAUCGGCGCUAUCGUCAGGAACGAGAGGUUCGGCGCCUGCUCGAUAAGAUACCGUACACGAUGAUAUCGGUGGACUCGAUGUUGAACAAAGUUCGGCGCCAGGAUAUUGAGGAGGAGUGGAAUAAGAAAUGCAAAGCUCUUUUGGGUGAGAUACCGAAGGUACCGAUGCCGAAGGUGAAUCGGAAUAAGAUGAAAGGCCGCUCGAAGGCCCAGAAUAUUGAAAAGAGAAAGCAAGUACUGCGCUUCAAUCGGAAGCAGUUUGAGGUCUCAACACUGAUGCGUGAGAAGGCGGCGCGGCGCGACAAGGAGAAAGUGGCGGCAGCCGAGAUGGGGAAUCUGCCCAGCGACGCCUUGGUGGCCAAGCGGAGAAUGAAGAAGCGUACAAACUCGGCUUUGGACGUCCUCAUUCCCAAGAAACACUAG